UUCUUCAAGCAGCGGCACGCCGGUUCCUAAUAGCACGCCGGUGCCAGCGGGCGGUCGGGUGCCGGGAGCCAGCCCCAAGGAACCUGCCCCCAAAGGCAUCGUCCGGGGUACCGCUCCGUCGGCUGGGGUAGGAUCCGCCCCGCAGAGAAGCGCCUUUCUCCCGGCGGGGUUGGCGUCCCCGUGCGCUCUCGCGAACAUCGUUGCGCAAGCAGCGCGAGUCCUGGCGCUCCAGGCAGGUCUUUGUGUCGGGGGUUUUCUUCUCCCCCUUGGAUGCGAUUCCUGCCAGCUCCCGGGAGCGAGCAGCAAGGUCCGUGGCUCCUCCCCGCCGCCUCUCUCACGCCCCUGCCCUGCCCAGCCCGUGAAACCCAAUAACCGAGCGCAUCCAGCCAUGCGUCCCCGUCACUGGUUGCAUCCAGGCAGGGCAGGGAACCCAGCCUGCGCCGGCUCCGAGGCGCCCCGCCCCGGCGGUGCAGCCUGCUGAGCUCGGAGCGAGACGCCCUGCGCGGCGGCAGCUGGGGCCAGGAUGGACCGGCUGCUCUUCUGGUGCGCUUUCCUCUCCUCCGCCCCGCUCCCGGCGGCCUCCCCGGAGCCGGGGGCGGCGCCCGCGUGCCCACCGCGGUGCCACUGUGACGAGGACGGCAUCUUGCUCUCGGUGGAUUGCUCCGAGCUGGGGCUGUCCGCGGUCCCCGCCAGCUUGAGCCCCUACACCGCUUACCUAGAUCUGAGCAUGAACAACAUUAGCAAGCUGCAGCCCAGCGCGUUCCACCACCUGCGCUUCCUGGAGGAGCUGCGCCUCUCUGGAAACCAGCUCUCCCAGAUCCCAGGAGAAGCCUUUUCCGGCCUCUACAGCCUGAAGACCCUGAUGCUGCAGAACAACCAGCUAAGCCGGAUUCCUGCCGAGGCACUGCGGGAUCUUCCAAACCUCCUGUCUCUACGCCUGGAUGCAAACCUGAUUUCCGUGGUGCCCGAGAGGAGCUUUGAGGGGCUGUCCUCCCUACGUCACUUGUGGCUGGAUGAUAACGCCCUGACAGAACUCCCUGUCCAGGCUCUCAACAACCUUCCAACCCUGCAGGCCAUGACGCUGGCUCUCAACCUGAUCUGGCACAUUCCGGACUACGCCUUCCAAAACCUCAGCAGCCUCGUUGUACUGCACCUGCACAACAACCGGAUCCAGAGCCUGGGAAUCAACAGCUUCGAAGGGCUGCACAGCCUAGAAACUCUGGACCUGAACUAUAACAAGCUGUUGGAAUUCCCAGUGGCCGUCAGGACGCUAGGCCGGCUGCAGGAGCUGGGUUUCCAUCACAACCACAUCCAGGCUAUUCCGGAGAAGGCGUUUGUGGGGAAUCCAUUACUCCAAACCAUCCAUUUUUAUGACAAUCCCAUCCAGUUUGUGGGCCAGUCCGCUUUCCAGUUCUUGCCAAAGCUGCACACUCUGUCAUUGAAUGGAGCGAGAGACAUCAGGGAAUUCCCAGACCUGAAAGGAACCACCAGCCUAGAAAUUCUGACCUUAACCCGGGCCGGGAUCCGUUUACUUCCCAGAGGGAUGUGCCAGCAGCUGCCCAGCCUCCGAGUGCUCGAACUCUCGCACAAUCAAAUCGAGGAGCUGCCCAGUCUCCACAGGUGCCAGCGGCUGGAAGAAAUAGGCCUCCAGCACAACAGGAUCCAUGAAAUCAGAGCAGACACCUUUGGGCAGCUCGCAGCCCUCCGCUCCAUAGACCUGAGCUGGAACUACAUCCAGUCCAUCCACCCAGAGGCCUUCGCGACACUCCACGCGCUCACCAAGCUCGAUCUGACCGUCAACCAGCUGGUCUCCCUGCCGCUGGAUGGCUUGGCUGGCCUGACCCAUCUGAAGCUCCAAGGCAACCCAGCGCUGUCCGAGCCCUUCAGCAAAGAAAGCUUCCCUAGGAUGAGAAUCCUGGAAGUGCCCUAUGCCUAUCAGUGCUGUGCCUAUGGCGCCUGUAGCAACUUCUUCAAGGUGUCCAGCCAGUGGGAGACAGAAGACAUGAGCCUGGAGGACGAGGAGGCCCGCAAGAGGAGCACGGGGCUGUUUCCGGGUCACACCGAGAACCACUAUGAUCUGGACAUGGACGAUUUUCAGCUGGAGUUUGAGGAGUCAAAGCUGCACACCACCAUCCAGUGCACACCCAGCCCUGGUCCCUUUAAGCCUUGCGAUCAGUUGUUUGAGAGCUGGAUCAUCCGCCUGGGGGUGUGGGCCAUCGCGCUGGUCUCCAUACUCUGCAAUGGGCUGGUCAGCCUGGCCGUCUUCGCCUCGCCCAGCUACCUCUCACCAGUCAAAUUUAUCAUUGGCUCCAUAGCUGGGGCCAAUACCUUGACGGGCAUCUACUGCAGCAUGCUGGCCUUCGUCGAUGCCCUGACCUACGGCCAGUUCGCCAAAUACGGGGCCAGGUGGGAGUCAGGCGCCGGCUGCAGGGUGACCGGUUUCCUGUCCGUCUUCGCCUCGGAGGCGGCCAUCCUCCUGCUGAUGGUGGCUGCUGUGCAGUGCAGUGCUGCUGUCUCCUGCUUCCGGCUGCACGGGAAGCCGCCUUCCUGCGGCAGCGUGAAAGCCGCCACGCUGGGCUGUCUGGCACUGUCUGCCGCGGCCGCGGCCCUGCCGCUCUUCUCCAUUGGGGAGUACGGCACGUCCCCUCUCUGCCUCCCAUCCCCCAUCCCUGAUGGGAAAUCCUCCACCCUGGGCUUCACGGUGGCCCUGCUGAUGGUGAACACCCUCUGCUUCCUGAUCAUCACAAGCACCUACAUCCGGCUCUACUGCAGCCUGCUGAAAGGGGAGUUUGACCCCAUCUGGGACUGCGCCAUGAUCAAACAUGUGGCCUGGCUGAUCUUCACCAACUGCCUCCUCUACUGCCCCGUGGCUUUCCUCACCCUCUCCUCCAUGCUCAGCCUCUUCCUCAUCACCCCAGAGGUCAUCAAGUCGGUCCUGCUGGUGGUGCUGCCCUUACCGGCUUGCUUGAACCCCCUGCUUUACCUGGUCUUCAAUCCCCACUUCCGCGACGACCUGCGCCUGCUGCGGCAGAGGGGCCAGGCCAAGAGCAGCUGCCCCCGGGCGUGUGUCUCGGAUGUCAUGGAAAAGACCUCGUACGACUCCACCCAGGCUCUGGUGACCUUCUCCGACGCCGAUCAUGUAGCCGAGGUGCCUGAUGCCUUGCAUGGGCCCCCCAGCCUGGGUGCCUACCGUUUCCCCUCCGUGCGGCUCCUCCCCUGCCCGCAGAGGCUGAGUGCAAGAAGGCAAGAGAGCGGCUACUCUGCCUGUCACCCCUGCCUGACCAACAAAGAGUGUGUGAGCUCCUCCGAAAGCAGGGAUCCAGCCCGCAGCGGCUGCUCCUCCCCGCCCACGCCAUCCUUCACCUCGCACUUGUAAACCUUGAGUGGCCCCCAGGCAGGUCUGCGUCCGGCAUCAAUGUCCUGCCCUACUGCACUGUAACCCGGGGCAACACGCACAGCAACGCCUGGGCAGUGCAGCCUGAGCCACCAUCCCAAGGGCUCAGGGCUCUGAGGG